GAGAAGACGAAGCCCAGGCCUUUUAUAUGCACAUCUGUAGCGUUGCUGCCAUUUUCAAGAGUGAAGAAAGAGCACUUAAAAAUCGGAACUUUUUUUUGUGUGGAUUAGCAUUUUUCAUCUCAUUUUCUUUGAUUUCCCCCUUUUUCUUAACACCCUUUUCUUGGAUCCCAUUUUGUAAUUAUCUCUCUUUCAAAUUUUGAUCAAUUUUUUCAGGGUUCGUUCUUGUUGAAAAAAAUCACAUCACAAACGAAGAAACUAAUUUUAGAAAGACCGGCGUGUUCUUGAAAGCCAGGUGGUUCAGAAUAGAGAUCAGGAUAAGCUUAAUUUCUCUGUUCUUUUGUUAUUACAGUAAAAAGGAAGCUUGUUGUUUUUCCGAUCUGUUUCAUUUUUCUUGUAUAAAUUUGAGAAAAUAUCAUGGCAGCGGCUACAGAUACAUUCAAUUCUAGUGGCAGUCAUAUUUUCUCAUCAGAUCUGUUAAAUGAGGAGUUUAUUCAAGUACUUGAUCCUUUUAUGAAAGGUGCUUCACCAAAUCCCUCAAGUUCUUCUAAUUUUUACCCUUUUGGAUCUUCUAGUUCUUCAAUCUGUUCUGAAUCGAAUUUGAAUCCUGAUUUUGGCCAAAUCCCGUUGAAACCCCAGAUGUUUUCUCCAGUUUUUUCGAGUUUUAACCAAAUGGAUGAUCUUAAUCACCUCACACCAUCACAGUUUAUGCAAUUCCAGGCUCAAUUCCAAUUCAAACAGCAGCAAUUGAUGCCUCAGGGCAACUCGUUUACGCGGUUUCUUAGCCCAAAACCUGUCCCAAUGAAGAAAGCUGUGAUUCCCGUGAAGGCUGCGAAGCUUUACCGGGGAGUAAGACAGAGGCACUGGGGCAAAUGGGUAGCUGAAAUUAGACUUCCAAGGAAUAGAACCAGGCUUUGGCUUGGAACUUUUGACACGUCUGAACAGGCGGCCUUGGCUUAUGAUAAGGCUGCAUAUAAACUGAGAGGAGAGUUUGCAAGACUCAAUUUUCCUAAUCUUAGGCAUCAAUUAUGCGGGUUCAAGUCGCUGCAGUCCUCCAUUGAUGCAAAACUACAAGCCAUAUGUGAAAAUUUGGCUAAUUCACCGAAACAGGGGAAGAGUUCAGGGAAGGCCCGUUCUGUUUCGAAUCGAAAGAGUAAAGUUUUAAACCAAACAGGCGACGAGAAGACCAAAAAUGUUAUGAACGAUUCAUUGAAUGGAGGAUUUGGUGUUGACCGUAUCCAGGUCGACGCCUCCUCAUCAUUGUCGUCCCCAUUGGAUGAAGGGUCGGCAUCACCUGAAUCCGAUAUCACCUUUCUGGAUUUCUUGGAGCCAUCAUUCGAUAACUUUGUGUUGCAGAAGCACCCUUCAGUGGAGAUAGACUGGGCAGCUUUAUAACAUAGUACUUAUGUUUUCGUUAUUUUCUUUAGUUUGCUUGGUUUUUAUGUGAAAUUUGGUUUUAGUUUGGUGUCAAUUGAGGCCUUUGCAAUGAAGUUUUUGACAUUUGCAAAGGCCCUUAAGGUUGUGGAAUGGUUUAUGUUGUUAUGUAUAAUCUAAAAUCUCUUCAUCUUGAUCAACUGGUGCUUUUUAUUUCCAGCUUGAUGAUGGGAGAUAUUGUGCAUUUCUUGAAUGUAAUUACAGUCUAUGAAUGUAUUUCAGUUUCUCUGUGUAUAAUAAAACAUGGUGUGUUUUGUACUA